CUUGUGAUAGCGUACAUCCAUUUUCUUCAAGUCCGCUCAAAGACUUUCAAACCCUUGGAUUUCCACAAAAAUCUUCUGAUAAAAAAUGACUGCUCAAGAAAACGACGAGGCAGCCAAAAAGUUGCAGAAAAGCUAUUUUGAUGUGUUAGGUCUUUGCUGUUCAACGGAGGUUUCUCUUGUAGAGAGGAUCCUCAAGUCCGUCAAUGGUGUUGAAGAGUAUUCGGUGAUCGUCCCAACCAAAACAGUCGUUGUGGUACAUGAUAAUCUCAUCGUUUCUCAGCUUGAAAUUGUUAAGGCUCUGAAUCAAGCAAGAUUGGAAGCAAAUGUGAGAGCAUAUGGUGAAGAAAAUUACCAGAAAAGAUGGCCAAGCCCAUAUGCCAUUGCUUGUGGAGUAUUGCUUGCUCUAUCAUUUUUCAAGUAUUUGUGGCAUCCAUUUCGUUGGUUGGCUCUUGGAGCUGUUGCUGCUGCCAUUUGUCCCAUGAUUCUCAAAGGCUUUGUGGCUUUAAGGAAUUGUAGACUUGAUGUAAACAUACUUAUGCUCAUAGCAGUGACAGGUUCGAUUGCUUUGAAAGAUUAUACAGAAGCUGGUGCAAUUGUCUUCCUUUAUACCAUUGCAGAAUGGCUUGAGGAAAGGGCAAGCCACAAGGCAACUGCUGUAAUGUCAACACUGAUGAGCGUAGUCCCUCAAAAGGCAGUAAUAGCUGAAACUGGAGAAGAAGUUGAUGCUGGGAAGGUGGAAUUGAACACUGUUCUUGCAGUUAAAGUAGGCGAAAUUAUACCCAUUGAUGGAAUUGUCGUAGAUGGCAGCUGUGAAGUCGAUGAGAAAACAUUAACUGGGGAGUCAUAUCCUGUGGUCAAACAAAAGGAUUCCUCUGUUUUGGCUGGCACCAUCAAUCUAAAUGGUUACAUUAGUGUAAAAACUACUGCUUUAGCUGAAGAUAGUGUGGUGGCUAAAAUGGCAAAAUUUGUUGAAGAAGCUCAAAAUGGUAAAACAAAACCCCAAAGAGUCAUUGACAGAUGUGCCCAGUAUUAUACUCCAGUUGUUGUAGUUUUAUCAGCUUGUGUUGCAGUGAUUCCAGCGGCAUUAAGAGUUAAUAACGUCAGCCACUGGCUUCAUUUAGCAUUGGUUGUUAUAGUUACUGCAUGCCCUUGUGCUCUAAUCCUCUCAACACCUGUUGCCACUUUCUGUGCACUCACCAAAGCUGCAACUUCUGGUCUUCUCAUCAAAGGAGGAGACUAUCUUGAAGUUCUUGCCAAAGUUAAGGUUAUGGCCUUUGACAAAACUGGAACCAUUACAAGGGGUGAAUUUGUUGUAUCCGAAUUUCAAUCUCUUUGUGAAGAUAUUAACUUAAAAACUCUGAUUCACUGGGUAUCAAGUAUUGAGAGUAAGUCAAGCCAUCCAAUGGCAGCUGCAUUGGUUGAUUAUGGACGGUCUCUUUCCAUUGAGCCAAAGCCUGAAAGUGUUGAAGACUAUCAGAAUUUUCCUGGAGAAGGCAUUUAUGGGAAAAUUGAUGAGCAAGGAAUUUAUAUAGGAAACUCAAGAAUUGCUGUGAGAGCUGGAUGUGAAACAGUGUCAUCCACGCAAGGAGUUAAAAAGGAAGGAAGCACGAUUGGAUACAUAUACUUUGGAGCAUCCCUUGUUGGAGUUUUUAGUCUCUCUGAUGCGUGCCGGACUGGGGCUGCUGAGGCAGUCAUGGAACUGAACUCUAUGGGAAUUAAAACUGCUAUGCUUACAGGAGAUAAUCAAGCCUCAGCUAUGCAUGCACAACAACAGCUUGGAAAUUCUCUGGAAGUAGUCCAUUAUGAACUUCUACCAGAAGACAAGGGGAAAAUCAUCAAUGAAUUGAAGAAAGAAGGAGCAGCUGCCAUGAUUGGUGAUGGUGUAAAUGAUGCCCUGGCAUUAGCCACAGCUGAUAUUGGUAUAUCUAUGGGAAUCUCAGGUUCAGCUCUUGCAACUGAGACGGGAGAUGUUAUUCUUAUGUCAAAUGACAUUAGAAAAAUACCUGAAGCCAUCAAACUCGCGAGGAAAGCUCAUUGGAAAGUAAUACAGAAUAUCAUUUUGUCAUUUGUUACUAAGGCUGCUAUCCUUGUCUUGGCCAUUGCUGGUCACCCACUGGUUUGGGCAGCUGUUCUUGCUGAUGUUGGGACAUCUUUAUUGGUGAUCCUUAAUAGUAUGCUGAUCUUGAAGGGAACACAAAAUCAGGGAGAUAAAGGCUACAAAAAUUCAGCUCAAUCAGUUAGUCACAAAUAUGGAGGGAAAUGUUGUAAAUCUUCAGCUACACCGCAUUGUUGUGAGCCUAAGCAGAGCUUAUCCCAUGGAUGUAUUUCUAAAUGUGACACUGGCACUUGCCGCUUCAAUAACUCAUGUGGGAAUUGCAGCAAGGAUGGUCAUGAUCUUGAGGCGCAAAACACUCAUGGUUGUUCGUCGGUGGAAACCCAAUAUAAGUGUGUAGAAGAUCAGUGUCAUCAUGGACACUGUCAAAAUGAACCUCAUAAAGAGAAGCAUAGUCUUUUGGAUCAUUAUAGUUGCAGAGAAGAAGACCAUUUGUGUAAUGAGGAUCAUGUCACAAAGCACACUAAAAAUGAAGUGGGAAAAGUGAUCGAAAACAUAUUUAUUCAUGGUAGCGCAGAAGGGCUUCACGAGAGCUUACUUAAGAUUGGAGAAGAGAGAGAUUGGUGAUUUUUGCAAAAGCCUGCUACAUGAAGCUCAACAGAAAUAAUUGGUGACUUUAUGGAGGAGGCUUGACAGAAAUUGUCAAAGAAUAAAAUUAUCUACCUAACUUCUGAUUAGGUUAUGUUCUUUUACAUGAUUUUCUUUUUAAAGAAAGAUUUUGUAGUUUUCUAUCAAAUUAUUGGAAAUGACUUGUCAAAAGGAAAAAAAAUU